CCCCUUCCGUCCAUAUUCGACAUGGCCUACUCCUCCCUUGCAAACUGGGACGGCAGCCAGGCCUCCUCCUCCCAACACCCAUCUCCGUCCAGACAUCCGCCCACCGAGACACAGCACCUCUCACCCUCGAGACCUCCAGCACAAAGCGGUGCCGGUGCCGCGAACUCGAACGCAAUUUCUGCGGAGCCGUUGCGGCCUGACAAUCGUACCGGUCUGCCUGCGUCGUCCGACAUGCCACCGCCGCCUGUAGCGCAGAAGAGCCGUCGCCCACCCGACUCUACCAGCUCGGAGAGCGCCGUCAACAACAUGCUCUUUCUACCAGAGUCGGAUUCGGAACCGGAGCCAGUCCAGGCGGGUCCUGCGCCUCUGCAGGAGGUGGAUGUGCGAGUGGCUGCGGCCAAGGAGGCGGAGCACUCUGUGCGGGCGACGAUGAAUCCAAAACCGCCGACUCCGCCUGCGUCGCAGUCUCCCGACUUGUUGCCUGAUAUCCAAGUCCCUCCCGAGUCCAUUACGUUCACGUUUCUUCCUCAGGGCCCGCUUCUCGUCGAAGCUGGGCACAUGCAGCUAUCCUUUCAAGAUGAUUGGCCUGCCGAAGCUGCUGGUACGGCAUCGCGAGACACCGCAUCGUCAAAGGCGACCGCAUCGACAUUGCCGCCUACCCCACCGUUGACAGGCUCUCUUGACGCCUCCUCUGACGCGCUUCUAGAACCCAUGGAGAGCGCUGCUGCCACGCGUGCCUCAAGCACAACCCAAGGUCUUGAAAGUGUUCCUCCACAAGGUACGGACGUCGAGAUGAUUGAUCUCACCGUCGAUGCGCCAGAGGAGCAGCAUCAUGACAUGCGUUCGGACUCCGGUUCGAGCAGAUCGCGUCGUCGAGCCAUCCCGCGGUCAACUGCGGCGGAGAUGCUCACCGUACUCGCUACGCCGCAGGCGGCAUCGUCCUCUAACACUUUUCCUCCGCGGCUAGGAGAACCGGGACCAUCAUCAUUCUCGAGCUUCAAGCAGCUGGCGUCCAGGGGCAGCAGCACCAGCAGCCACGGCAUCAAGCGGACGUUCUUCGAGUCACCCACCCCUGGUCCUUCAGAUCGUGACUCGAUGGGCCCCCCGCCUAGGAAACAACAGAAGAACAUGCAUACAUACGUGGCUGCGGCGGGGCCGUCCACGUCGUGCCGCUCUGUCUCACCUCCACCCAUCUCGUCUCACCCACCAGAUCGUCUGCACCAUGGCCGGACGGCGAUUCGGCAAGAGUGUUUCGUCCUGGUACCUCGUCUACCGCCGGACGUCAAGCUCGAUGACUAUGUGCCAAUGGACGUGUACCUAGAUCAGCCGCCCAAGCGCAAGGCCAAACAGCGGGCAGAACAGAAGCUCAAGGAUGUCGCGGCUUUUCAUGCUGGCGAGUUCGUCGCGGAUCCACCUUCCCCUGAGCCACAGAAGCGGGAGCGGGCGAAAAAGAAAGCCAAGGCAGUGUCUGCUCCUCGGGCCAGCGAGGUCCGUGCGACCCAGCCUCCACCGACGCCAGUGAAGCAGGCAGAACCGAAGCUCCAGGAAGUGGCUGCUCCUCGGGCCAGCGAGUCCCACGCGACCCAGCCUCCGCCGACACCAAGAAAGCGGGAAGAACCGAAGCCCAUGGAACUGGCUGCUCCUCAGGGUUCCGAGUGGCGCGCGGUGUCGAUGUCGCAACCGCGCGAACCACCGAGACCCGCCAGAUCCCCAUCGCUCCCCGCCACCCCGCCGCCUCCCGAACCCGAAUUCUAUCCCGAGUUCGCACCGCUGGACGCGAACACCACCAUCGUGCCCGCAGACGGCUUCGCCCCGCUGGAGAUCGCGGACAUCAGCGUCGAGGACCCCCCGUUGAUCACGCCUCUGCUGCUCUGCACCGCGCUCCGGCACGUUUGUCCUGAGCGGGACACUGAGUGGUGGCGUGAAAGGGGAAAGGAGGAGGAGGAGAACAUCAGGCGGUGGAGGGAGCAGGUGGAGAGGGAGAAGCGGCGAUUGAUGGGUCCGUUUGCGCCUGGUCCUUCUCAGGCACCGUCUGCGUCUGCGAAGGGUAAAGGGAAGGGGAAGGGGAAAACGCAAGUGGAGAAGGGAAAGCAGGAGCUGAUGGGUGCGUCAGCGCCUGGUCCCUCCAACGCGCCGUCUGUGUCUGCCAAGGCGAAGGCGAAGGCGAAGGGAAAGGCGAGGGCGAAAGUGAAGGCAGAGUCUUCGACGUCUAGCGCUUCGCCGGCGCGCAAGAAACGCGAGGCGCAUGUCCGGGGUCGGUCUACGGUGAAUGCGGAGGCAAGCUCGAGUAGGGAUAUUGCUCCUCCUCCUCCUCCUCCUCCUCCUCCUCCUCCUCCUCCUCCUCCUCCUCCUCCUCCACCACCACCACCACCACCGCCUCCGCCGUUCUACGCGCCGAUGUAUGACUUGCAGCAGAUGCAAGCGCCGUAUGAGCCACCGGCCCCACCCCCGCCUCCGCCCUUGCCGGUCCAGGCGGCAGCCCCGGUGCUUCACGGUAGUCUCUCUGACCCGCUUUUUCUGAGCACGUCGGCGUCCAUGCAUGUGCAGAUCCAGCCCCGCCAGUCGAUCGUGUCGCCGGUACAUUUGCCGACCACCCAGCGGGAGCAAGUGAUGGCGCAAGAGAUGUUCCGGAUCUCGUUUGAGGAACCUGCGCAGGGAAGCAGGGGGAUGGAAUCGUCUUUCGGGGAGCCGCAGUCUGAGGAUGCGGCCAUGGCCAUGGGUUUUCGAGAACCUGAGCAUGAGGACGGGAUGACUGAUGUGGAUUUUAGAGGGCCUGAGCAAGCGAACGUGGCCAUGCCCUUCGGAGGAGAACCUGAGCCAGGGGGUGCGGCGAUCGAUAUGGCUCUCGGGGAGCAGGGAGGUGCGGCGAUGGACACGUCGUUCGGAGAGCACGGGAAUGGGACCAUCGACCCGACGCUGCUGGGCGGCCCUCCUCCCCUGCCGGAGCGUCCUCCGUCGCCAUACGAGCGUCACCUUUCUCCGCCUGAGCGCCCGCCGUCUACACUCGAGCGUACGCUGUCUCCGAUGUCGGAGCCGGCCCGUGCGAGCGCGAGCGGACCAAGCAGCGACGAGCAGACAGUUGCCGUUCCUGAGGAUCACUCAGACUACGAUGAGAAGACCGGCGGGAAGGGUAAAGGCAAGACUGAAGGGAAGGAGAAUAGGAAGAGCAAGGGGAGGGGGAAGGGAAAAGGGAAGGGCAAAGCGAAUGCGGCGGAGGCCGAUGCUGUCCAGCGGGAUGUGACGUUCUGUCAUCACUGCCGGCGGAGCACUUUACAUGCGAAGAUGCGCUGCACGCUGCUCAAGCCAGACGGGGACCCAUGCGGGAAGCGGUUCU